AUGUAUCGACAGAUCCUAUUGCGUCAGCCGUUUCGUCGAUAUCAGCUCAUCCUCUGGCGUCCUAGUCCAAACCAGCCAAUUGCUACGUACGAACUGAACACUGUAACGUACGGUUUCGCGUCAUCACCAUUCUUAGCUACACGCACCCUUCAGAAAAUCGCGCAGGACGCAAGUGAUAUCCAUCCAGCCGCAUCCGCGGUAGCCCAGAAGGAUUUCUACGUGGAUGAUUUCCUGUCUGGUGCCGACACCGUUGAAUCCGCUAUCCAAAUACGCCAAGAAAUGACUGCCAUGCUUUCAGCAGCAGUUUUCCCGUUGAAGAAGUGGGCUUCAAACUCACCAGAAAUCCUAGUUGAUAUUCCCGAAGAAGACCUAGCCUUUGCACCGUACCAUGAUCUCCAGGACGAUCAAUCCGUUUCCACACUCGGACUCAUCUGGGAACCGAGAAUCGACAUGAUGAGUUUCAAGGUUCAAUUUCCACUGCCAGCAUCUGUUUUAACUAAGCGGAAGAUUAUGUCGUACGUGGCGCAGAUUUUUGACCCACUUGGCCUGGUGGGACCAAUCAUAGUCAUCGCCAAACUCUUCAUGCAGCGUCUAUGGGCAUUGAAAACCGAAGCUGGAGAUUCAUAUGAGUGGGAUCGUCCUCUUCCUCCACGUUUGCAAUCCAAGUGGAAGGAGUUCCACGAAACGUUAGAUACUAUCGCAUCUCUUCGAAUUCCACGCUGUGUAACCGUAGCAAACGCAACCUCAUUCCAACUCCAUUUCUUUUCCGAUGCCUCACAGAAGGCUUACGGAGCAUGUUGUUAUGUCCGCUCAGAAUCCGCUGGGGUUGUUCGUGUCCAAUUGCUGACUUCCAAGUCCAAAGUAGCACCGCUGGCCAAACAACAAACCAUCGCACGUCUGGAGUUAUGUGGGGCUGUACUCGCAUCCAAUCUCUAUAAAAAGGUGGCCCAUUCCAUUCCGAAACCUGCUGAAUUCUUCUGUUGGACAGAUUCGUCAACUGUAUUACAUUGGUUGGAGUCUUCGCCGUCCCGAUGGAAAACUUUCGUAGCUAAUCGGGUAGCUAUGAUUCAAGAAGCUACAGAAUCCUGCCACUGGAACCAUGUUUCCGGAACAUCCAAUCCAGCUGAUCCCCUCUCUCGUGGCGUCAAUCCAAUCGAUCUCAAACAACUUCCCAUUUGGUGGAACGGUCCGAACUGGUUAUCCCUGCCACCAUCCGAUUGGCCUGUUAACGAAAUGCCAUCCCUUGACCCACAUUGGAUGUCGGAGGCCAAAAACAACGUAACCAUGAUAGCCACACUCAAUUCCAACUUUUCCGAUAAAUUAUUCAGCCGAUACUCCUGCUUCAGCAAACUUCGUCGAUUUAUUGCAUACUGGAUGCGAUAUUUCCGUGCCCUGAAAGCCGCCGUCAAGAAGACCACCAUCGAACCUUUUGAGACCUUAACAACUGACGACCUCCGUGAUGCAGACAUCGCCCUUUCUCGGCUAGCCCAGCGCGAAUCAUUUCCAGAAGAAAUGUCCAAUCUUAUAUCCGGGGAACGUAUUCCUACAUCGUCAGCAUUGAAGUGGUAA